AUGGCCUUUCAAUUAGGAACUUCUUCCUCUUCUUCAUUGCCAUUAUCUCCUUUCAUCCCUUCACAAAAUCAUGAUGUAUUUUUAAGCUUUAGAGGUAAAGAUGUUCGCCACAAGUUUAUUGCUCAUCUAAACCGAGCUUUACGUCAAAGUGGAAUCAAGACUUACAUGGAUGGUGUCGACCUUGAGAGAGGGAAACAAAUUUCAUCAGAACUUUUUAAAGCUAUUGAAGAGUCAAGGAUUUCGAUCAUUGUACUUUCUAAAAACUAUGCAGAAUCCAAAUGGUGCUUGGAUGAGUUAUUGAAGAUUCUUGAGUGCAGAAAAACAUUCAAACAAACUGUUCUACCGAUAUUCUAUGAGAUAAAACCAUCAGACGUACGAGAUCAAAAAGGAAGCUUUUUAGAAGCAUUUACUAAACUUGGAAAGAAAAUCAAGGAUGACAUAAAGCUACUAGAGUAUUGGAAGGAAGCUUUAGAAGAAGUAGCCAAAUUGUCCGGGUUGGAAUAUAUAGCGUUCAGGGAUGAUGAGUCAGAAUUUAUCCAAAACAUCAUUGGGUGGAUCAACUCAAGAAUAGGCACAAACAAAGUUUCAGGCAUGAUAAUAGAAAUGCCUAAAGGUGAGGACGCAAUAAGCUUGAAUCCUGAAGCAUUUGUACAGAUGAAAAGACUUAGAGUAUUUAUCAAUCGUAAUGCAAGUUUUUCAAGUGGACCUAAUUAUCUCUCCAAUGAGUUAAGAGUACUUGAUUGGUUUGAAUAUCCGCUACAAUCUUUGCCACCCAAUUUCCAUGGAAAUAAACUCAUUAUCUUUAAAAUGCGUGGUGGCUUCAUCAAGGAGUUAAGCUUCAUCAAGUUUAAGAAUUUGACAAAUAUGGAUUUCAGUGAUUGUAAUUUCUUGACAAAAGUUCCAGAUGUUUCAAGCAUGCCAAACUUGGAGAAAUUGAUUGCCACAAAUUGUACAAAUUUAGUUGAGAAUUCUUCCAAGAAGCCUCAAGUUGAGAUCUUUAUAUGCACUUGA